AUGAACCAAAACGGGAAACUCACCCAUCAAGCGGGCGGCACAAGCAACAGUAGUCCGAUCCGCCAUCUCUCCAACGCACUCUUCAUGGAUCCCAACAAAAUCCCACACGGCUUGCUCGACCAGGCCCUCAAAUCCCAAUCAAUGAGGUCUCAAUUGGAUCUAAUCACCAGUCUUCAGGAUGUCGCUACUCGGCUGGUCGUCGUGAAGAAAGCCAGACUCUCAGCUCUGCGUGCCGAGCUGACCGUCCUCAACCACAGCCUCCCCAAAGUCUGCUGCUUGGGAAUGUACUGCAACGGAGAUCAUUGUGACGAGGGUGAUAAGGGCAAGGAGAAGUCGGGGGGUGGCAGCAUGGAGGCCGAGCUGGGCGUCGGCGGUGGCGGAAGUUUGAAGCGGAAGAAGAAGUGUCACCAGCAGAUCGUCAGGAUCUCGCCCAACGAGUCUGUCGUCCUCAACUCAGCCGACCGGGCCCCGUUCUUGAUCCACGUCAAAGUGCUCAAAGACCAUCUCGACUUCGACCCCAACCGGCGCUCGAACUACGAGGAUCUGAGGAAGGCCAUCAAGGGCUCUGCCAUCUCCGCCAACAAGGCAGCCGACUCAAAAACUCCAAAUCCAAACGUCUAUCUCAUCAACGACUCCUUGCCUAACUUCUCCGAAUCGAACGUCAGCAAACUCGCCACAGCUGAGCAACCAAGUCGUAGAAGCAGCACCAACCAGCACACUAUCAAAUCCCUGGGGAUGGCUAAGAUCUCAAGCUCACUUCCUCCCGUUGGCGAGUCAUCCAACCAUCUGGGCCUUGCCUCCAUCAGUUCCCCUACCGAUCACACGUCCUGCAGCAGCGCUCAUUCUAGCGACCACGGCUUCAAGCACCAGCUCGAUCAUCCUUCUCAGACUCUGCUCGAUUGA